GAAAGGUUACUUUUCCCUGAAAAUUAGUGACCAGCAGUUCUUCUCUGAGCCACAGCUGAUCAACAUACAAGCAUUUUCAACACAGGCCCCCUAUGUGCUGAGGAAUGAGGCUCUCCAUAUUAGCAGAGGAGAGAGGGGAACCAUCACCACUCAGCUGCUUGACAUCCGAGAUGACGACAACCCACAGGAUGUGGUGGUCCAAGUGCUCGAUCCUCCACUUCAUGGCCAGUUGCUCCAAACACUUCAGUCGCCUGCAGCCCCUAGCUAUCAAUUCCGGCUGGAUGAGCUCUCCAGGGGCCUUCUCCAGUAUGCUCACGACGGCUCGGAUAGCACUUCUGAUGUCACAGUCUUGCAGGCCAAUGAUGGACACUCCUUCCAAAAUAUACUGUUCCGUGUGAGGACUGUGCCCAAGAAUGAUAGAGGUCUUCGACUUGUGGCUAAUUCAAUGGUGUGGGUUCCAGAAGGCGGGAUGCUGCAGAUUACCAACAGAAUCUUACAGGCUGAAGCUCCAGGUGCCAGAGCCUCAGAAAUCAUCUACAAAAUUACACAGGACCACCCCCAAUUUGGGGAGGUGGUCCUUGUGUUUAAUAUGCCUGCAGACGGCCCCGCAGACGAAGGGCAGCACCUUCCUGAUGGGAGGACAGCAACUCCCACCAGCACGUUCACCCAGCAAGACAUCAACGAAGGCAUCGUGUGGUACAGGCACUCAGGGGUCCCAGCCCAGAGUGACUCCUUCCGCUUUCAGGUGUCCAGUGCCACGGAGGCUCACGCCCAUCUGGAGAGCCGCAUGUUCAACGUUGCCAUCUUACCCCAGACUCCGGAAGCACCCAAACGCUCUCCAGGAGCAUCUCUCCACAUGACCGCUCGGGAGGACGGCCUGACUGUGAUUCAGCCUCAUUCUCUCUCCUUUGUAAACUCUGAGAGACCAAGUGGAAAGAUAAUAUAUAAUAUCACUCUACCUUUGCAUCCAAGUCAAGGCAUCAUCGAACACAGGGACCAGCCUCACUCUCCCAUCCGGUAUUUCACCCAAGAAGACAUUAACCAGGGUAAAAUCAUGUACCGUCCCCCCACUGCAGCCCCCCACCUCCAGGAGAUCAUGGCCUUCUCCUUUGCUGGUCUCCCAGACUCAGUGAAAUUCCACUUCACAGUUUCAGAUGGAGGGCACACAAGUCCAGAGAUGGCCCUCACCAUUCACUUACUUCGCAUUGAUCGGCACCCGCCAGUGUUCCAGGUUACAGCUCCACUGCUUAAAGUCAGCCCAGGAGGCAGCACUUCUAUAGGACUUCAGUUGGUAGUAAGAGACAUGGAGACAGUGCCUGAAGAACUCCUCUUUGAGCUCCGGAAACCUCCCCAGCAUGGCAUGCUCCUUAAGUACACAGCUGGGUUCCCAGGGCCCAUGGCCUCAGGUGACACUUUCACAUAUGAGGAUGUAGAGGAAAAUGUUCUGCAGUAUCUACACGAUGGAUCCUCUGCCCGGGAGGACAGCAUGGAGAUCUCAGUUACAGACGGCAUCUCAGCAGCAACGGUGGAUGUGAGGGUGGAGGUGUCACUGUCCGAGGCCCGGGGGCCUCGGCUGGCUGCUGGCGCCUCUCUGAGCAUCACCGUUGCCAGUAAAAGCACAGCUAUAAUCACUAGAUCACAUCUUGCUUACGUUGAUGAUUCUUCCCCCGACCCAGAGAUCUGGAUUCAGUUAAGUUCUCUGCCUGUGUAUGGUGCUCUCUUAAGAACCUCAGGACCUGAGGUGGAAGAACUCUCAGAGGUUUCCAAUUUCACAAUGGAAGACAUCAACAACAAGAAAAUUAGGUACUCAGCUGCAUUUGAGACCGGUGGUCAUGUGGUUACUGACAGCUUCCACUUCUCUGUCUCUGAUUUGGACCACAACCGCCUGGACAAUCAGAGGUUUACCAUCAUGAUCACUCCCGUCAAGGAUCCACCCCAAGUCAUUGCUUUUGCUGACCUUAUCACCGUUGACGAGGGAGGGAGAGCCCCGCUCUCAUUUCACCAUUUCUUUGCUGCUGAUGAUCAGGACAGCCUCCAGGGUGACACCAUCAUUAAACUAAGUGCCCUGCCCAAGUACGGCUGCAUCGAGAACACGGGAACAGGUGAUCGAUUUGGCCCUGGAACUACCAGUGACCUAGAAGCAUCAUUCCCUAUUCAAGAUGUCCUGGAAAACUACAUUUACUACUUUCAGAGUGUUCAUGAAAGCAUUGAGCCAACCCAUGAUAUUUUCAGUUUUUAUGUAAGUGAUGGAAACAGUCGAUCAGAAAUCCACAGCAUCAACAUCACCAUCGAGAGGAAGAAUGACGAGCCUCCCAGGAUGACCUUGCGGCCCCUUGGCGUGCGGCUGAGCUCGGGAGUGGUGAUAAGCAAUUCUUCUUUGAGCCUGCAGGACCUGGACACUCCAGAUAAUGAGCUGAUUUUUGUAUUGACAAAAAAGCCUGGCCAUG